AUGGAUCGCACAGUCUCUAAAGCGACAACAGCGACUGCUGAGUCUCGGGCCGAGUCGUUUCGAACAGCCAGAGAGGAGCCGUAUUCUUCGGAGGAAGACGACUUGCAGUCGACCGUGAGACCCAAUGCUUUGUCGGCAAGAACAUCAUCUCAAAAUACCGUCCGGCAUACGUCUGAACCCCAAACGAAACCGCCGGCUCCAGUCGGCCUUGGCCUGGGUCUGGAGUCACCUCAGGAGGAGGAGCUUCCAACGCCUAAGGCGAGGGGCGACUUUGGCACUUUUGAUGGAGAGUGGGCCUCGAACAGCGAAGUUGAACAGGAAUGGGACGAUAAUCUUGGAAGAAACGUUACGGUAAGAAAACGGCGCCAGACACCCGAAAAGGCAUCGGAUAAGGAAUCUAUGAUCGCGUCACGCUACGAACCGCGUCGUGAAAAGCGCAAGGUCGAGAUUUUUGAGGAUCGCGUCGUAACUCCGACAAACGCUACAAGGGCAGUUCGAGCCAUGUCUCGCGGUGACAGAGCUACGUUUUAUGCGCCUAGUGAAAUUGCCUGGUCAAGAACACCAACCACCGAAGCUUCUGUCAACGCAGAUUCCCGCAGGUUUUCAGGCAUGUCCGCCAAGUCGACAAAAUCGAAUGCAUCAACGGUGGUGGAAGCAAUCUUGGUAGAUGCUCCUGCCAUCCCCCAUAGGCGGCAGACCCUGAGGCAUGUGCGAAAGCAAGUGGGACUACGAGAUUCUGGAUCAGACCUGUCUCCUCUGAGUUCUGCGGCGAACUCAUCUGUGCAGAUUGAAGAAUCGCCGAGACGCCCCAGACCUUUGGCUCGUCCCACCGACGCUCGAAACAACAGCUAUGCAUCGAACACGACUUUCAACUCGAUAUCGAGCGGCAGGGCGCGCAAGGAAAUCUGGAAGAGCGGUGCUAUCCCAGUUGUCGUUGUGCCGGAUCGACGAUCGUCUGUUAAGUCCAAGUCGAGCAGAACACCGUCACUUCGGUCAACCAGCAGUCGCCGGUCCAAGCGAAGCGCCAGUCUGAGCUCAGCAACUCGCGCUAACGGGUCGCGAACAACUACCGACUUGCCGACGCCCAUCUUUGACCGACCCGGCCGGCGAAGCCGGACCUUGUCGGAGUCUGACGGGUCGGACCAACGUACGAUCGACUACCCUCCAGUCAUUCCCAAGCGUUCUUCCUCCUUGUCGGCCCCAACAAGCCGCAAUACCUCCCGCGCAGGCUCGCUCACCGCAGAGAGUUUAAAGGCUCAGAGCGCUUUGCUCAAUCAGCAAUCUGGACAUGAAACAAGAGCACCCGCCCUGACCCUUCAGAGGGCUCAGUCUUCAGAGACAGACAACGGCCACCAUCAUCGGGACCACAAGCACAAUGUCGACCACCAUGGAGACCCCUUCUUUGGAAAGCGGCUGGACGCACACAACACACCUUUCUCCGCAACCUCAGUAGAGACCAACGGUACUGCCCCUGAGGUAUCAGAAGCAAAGGCUGUGAGCCUCUAUCCCCACCAAAACUCAUCUGUCCUCGUUGUCAAUCAUUCCAACAAGCCUUCGGAGAGCUCAAGCACUGAGUCGUCUCAGACGGAUUCGGAAUUCUUGAGACCGCCUCAACGACCGACAAUCACCACCACUGGCCCAGACGGCGAGGAGGGCUUCAUGACUCCUCCGCAGCAGCGUUCCGUGGAUGACGUGGAUUCUCCGUUGCGCAAUCCGCGCGCCGCUCCACCGGUACCUCCAUUCAUUCCGCCGGCGAUCCAGUUCAUUCCUGCUACUCCCUCGGGUCUUACGCCUCAUCACGAGAGACAGCGAAAUAUGGGCAACUACUUUGAGACCAUGGUCGAAGAAGAGCCUCAUCGGACCGGAUCGAUUGUGCGACGGGCGUUGACGCGAAGACGGAAUUCGGAGACGUAUCCACCAAAGAGCGCCAGACCUAGCCUUCUCACCCGAACCUUGUCCCUGACUAGGAGAGGAUCUCUUUCUAGGUCGUCACAUAAGGACGAGUCCUCUGUGGAAGUACCAUGCUCAUGUCCGGAGUGCGAAGGACCUCCGCCUGAGGAUGGUCGUCUCCAUCCUCAUUGGCGUCCGGCCUACUCCGACCCGGAGGAUGACGUGUGGGAAAGAGAAAUGGAAGACGAGCCCGUCAGUCAGGUUUACCGGUACCCUCCGAUUGACAACCGUCCCCGGCCUCCUCGCAGAAGGAUCAGCGAGCGCGUGAGGAAGACUUUCGCAAUUCUGCCUAACCGUGAUGAGGGCCUUUCCUACUCUCCCCCUAGUCCGAAUGAGCCGGAGCGCCGCACGAUUCGCCGAACAGACAGCGGCAACCUGCGGGUUAUGAGACGCAGGAGCAGCUUAGACUCUCUUCGCGACCAGUCGGACGACCCGCCGCCAUACGACAGUCAGGAUGGCGAUGGCCGAAGCGGGACAAGGGGCGAGGCAGGACCGAAAAGGAGACGACGCUUCUCACUCUCGGGCACGCUGGAAGGGCUGCAAAACAUUCCGCGCCAACUGAACGAGCGUAAGCGCGAAAAGAGAACGCAGGAACUGCGACAGAAAAUCAGUGGCCCACGCGAAGUGCGAGACGGUGUAGGUGAGGUGAUACGGCGCAACACCUACCGCGAGAUGCACCAACAAAGGCACUCGCCGUCGACCAACUUUUGA